CCAACAAAAAACAAAUAUUUCAAAAUGAAUCACCACGAGACAACAGCCAACACCAAGCCUUCCACCAUGGAGACCAUCAAGGACAAAGCCAGUCAUUUGGUUCACAAGAUUACAGGAAAGACCCACGACGCCACUGAUCAUCACAACACUACUCACGCCCACACUGGCAGUGCUGUUCCUCAUGGCAAUACGGUUGAUUACAGUGCCUACAACUCACAGGCUGGCGCCCCUGCCUCUACUCUUCCUGUGAAUAGCCAUCACGCCGAUUACAAGGAUCCUCACAGCCACGCUAAUCCUCUUAGUAAAGACCACCACAACCACGCGGACCCUUUGCGUAAUGACCACCAUCACAAUGUUCAUGGCACUGCCGCUACCGCUGGCGCUGCUGCUGGUGCUAUUGGGGGGUUGAAUACCGCUAGUGUUCAGCACCCUGCCCCUGCCGGCCCUACUGGAACUACCAAUGUUCCUACAUUCAGCCAGAAUAUUCCCCCGACAGCGGCUGGUGUUGUUCCGACAGCUCAUGCUGCUGAGCAUGUCCACAACCCUGUUGUCGGUCAGCACGCGCAACACCCCCACAAUGGCGCCCCCAUUAACACCAACAACAGUACAGUACCUGUCAACGCAAACAACGUGCACCAAACUGCACCCGUUCACAACACUGACAAGACGGUCCCGGCAAUGGGUGCUCCAGGCACCACAACUGCUGCUGGAACCCAUGUUCCCUGUAAUUAUAACCCCAAUAGUGCCACCACGACCGCAGCUGGUACUCAAAUCCCCGGCCAAUACAACACUUCGGGUGCUGUCGACAACCACCGCUUGUAACCUUAUUAUGAUUUACUACUAUAUUUGUAUAUAAUCACAAAAUACAUUAAAUUUUAAUGCGAUACACUGCCUAUCAAAAAU